GGCUGGUGAGGAGCGGUCUUUGCAGAUGGACCUCACAGCUGCACCAGACUCUGGAGCUGCCUGGAUGCUGCACGCUUAGAACUUUCUGUGGAAGGAGGCUGGCAGGAGUGAGGAGGGGUGAGCCAGGCUGCAGCAGCCAGCUCCCAGAGGCAGGGCGCCUGGGGCUCCCGGGGACAAUUCCCUCCCACCUCUGUCUGGGCGUAUUGGGGGUUGGGGAGGAUGUCUUCCCCCUUAUUCCUGAAGCCCAUCUUCCUCGCCUCUACCUCACUUCAAAACCUUUCAGAUCUCUUGGGCGGUUACUUGGCUUUUCGAUCACAGGGAAAACACCUUUAUUAUUGACAGUCGCCCAGGUUCCUCUCCCUGCCAAAAAUGUCACACGAAAACGAAAAAUAAUCCAGUACCCAUUCCAUCUUCCAGAAUGAAAUCUGCAUCUCUCUCUCUCUCACUCUCUCCUCCCCUACCUCUACUUUAACUUCCCCUCCCCAAACCCCAUUCAUUUCCUCCCCAACCUUUCCCUUCUGUGGUCUCUGUGCCUUUCUCUACUCUCCCGCCUUGUUUCCACUCCAGUCUCCUCUCCGCCGCCCUCCAAAGUCCCUGGCUCUCCCCACUCCUGCAAGCUCUACCCUUUCUGCCCCUCCCCAGACAAGUGUCCAGCUCCACGGGGGCAGCCCGCCCGCCGCCCUGCUCUAUCCCUGCCCACCUACUGUGAGGAGCAGCUCCGCCCACCUGUCCAUAAAAGCCAAGUGCAAGUUACCCGCAGAGCGCAGAGGAUCAGAGCCCUUCCACGGUCCUCUCCGUGGGAGCCCAAGUCCCUGUCUCCCAGAUCUUACAUGCUCAAGAAGCUGUUCUGUAAAUAAAGUAAACCCUGUGAAGAGACGGGACCCAGCCCCAUUGGUAUUACAAGAAGAGUCAAACAAGGACUUUGGUCCUCAAUUCUACUGGCCAGCCAAGCCUAAAUAACCAUCAAAGGGCAGCUAACGGAAACAUACUUAAGUGGCAUUAAUUCAUCCCUAAGAGGGCUCUCCAAGAGUUUUAUUGCUACAUAAGGGAAAGCCAUAAACCAGCAGGAGGAGAAAGCAAAGAAAAUAAGUCUGAGGAGUCAUCCUAAGAAGGUGAUGGCUGUGCCACCCAGGCCUCUACAGCUGCUGGGAAUACUGUUCAUCCUUUCCCUGAGCUCCGUCAGACUCGCUCAGGCCGGUGCCUACUAUGGAAUCAAGCCUCUGCCACCUCAAAUCCCUCCUCAGAUACCACCACAAAUUCCACAGUACCAGCCCUUGGGCCAGCAAGUACCUCAUAUGCCUUUGGGCAAGGAUGGCCUUUCCAUGGGCAAGGAGAUGCCCCACAUGCAGUAUGGCAAAGAGUACCCACACCUACCCCAGUAUAUGAAGGAAAUCCAACCUGUGCCAAGAGUGGGCAAGGAAGUGGUGCCCAAAAAAGGCAAAGGAGAAAUACCAUUAGCCAGUUUGCGAGGAGAACAAGGUCCCCGUGGAGAACCUGGACCAAGAGGACCACCUGGGCCACCAGGUUUGCCAGGUCACGGAAUGCCUGGAAUCAAAGGAAAGCCAGGGCCCCAGGGAUACCCAGGGAUUGGAAAGCCGGGUAUGCCUGGAAUGCCUGGGAAGCCAGGAGCCAUGGGAAUGCCGGGGGCAAAAGGCGAAAUUGGACCCAAAGGGGAAAUCGGACCUAUGGGAAUCCCAGGGCCACAAGGACCUCCAGGACCCCAUGGACUUCCUGGCAUUGGGAAACCGGGUGGGCCAGGGUUACCAGGGCAACCAGGAGCAAAAGGUGAGAGAGGGCCCAAAGGACCACCAGGACCUCCCGGCCUACAGGGUCCCAAAGGAGAGAAGGGCUUCGGGAUGCCUGGCUUGCCGGGUCUCAAGGGUCCGCCAGGUAUGCAUGGCCCUCCUGGCCCAGUUGGGCUACCAGGAGUAGGAAAACCAGGAGUGACUGGCUUUCCUGGACCCCAGGGUCCCUUGGGGAAGCCAGGGCCUCCAGGGGAACCUGGACCACAAGGCCUUAUUGGUGUGCCAGGCGUUCAAGGACCUCCUGGGAUGCCUGGAGUUGGAAAGCCAGGUCAGGAUGGGAUCCCUGGCCAACCAGGAUUUCCAGGUGGUAAAGGGGAACAGGGAUUACCAGGGUUGCCUGGACCCCCAGGCCUCCCAGGGGUCGGAAAACCAGGCUUCCCAGGACCCAAAGGGGACCGGGGUAUUGGGGGUGUUCCUGGGGCUCUUGGGCCAAGGGGAGAAAAGGGGCCAGUAGGUGCUCCUGGAAUAGGGGGUCCCCCUGGAGAGCCAGGCCUACCCGGAAUUCCAGGUCCCAUGGGCCCUCCAGGAGCUAUUGGUUUCCCUGGACCCAAAGGAGAAGGUGGAAUUGUAGGACCACAGGGUCCACCAGGUCCCAAGGGAGAGCCAGGCCUCCAGGGCUUCCCUGGGAAGCCAGGUUUUCUUGGUGAAGUAGGUCCCCCUGGCAUGAGGGGUUUGCCCGGUCCUAUAGGACCCAAGGGAGAAGCUGGUCACAAAGGAUUGCCUGGACUUCCUGGUGUUCCAGGGCUGCUUGGACCCAAAGGAGAACCUGGCAUACCCGGGGAUCAGGGUCUACAGGGGCCCCCAGGUAUUCCAGGGAUUGCGGGACCUAGUGGCCCUAUUGGACCCCCUGGGAUUCCAGGCCCCAAAGGAGAACCAGGCCUCCCAGGGCCCCCUGGGUUCCCUGGUGUAGGGAAGCCAGGAGUAGCAGGACUUCAUGGUCCCCCGGGGAAACCUGGUGCCCUUGGACCUCAAGGCCAACCUGGCCUUCCUGGGCCACCAGGCCCUCCAGGCCCCCCAGGCCCCCCAGCUGUGAUGCCCCCUACACCAUCACCCCAGGGAGAGUAUCUACCAGAUAUGGGACUAGGAAUUGAUGGAGUGAAGCCUCCACAUGCCUAUGCGGGCAAAAAGGGCAAGAACGGAGGGCCCUAUGAGAUGCCCGCGUUUACUGCCGAGCUGACUGUACCUUUCCCACCGGUGGGGGCCCCAGUGAAGUUUGACAAGCUCCUAUACAAUGGAAGACAGAACUACAACCCGCAGACGGGAGUCUUCACCUGCGAAGUCCCGGGUGUCUACUACUUUGCUUACCAUGUUCACUGCAAGGGAGGCAACGUCUGGGUUGCUCUCUUCAAGAACAACGAGCCCAUGAUGUACACAUACGACGAGUACAAGAAGGGCUUUCUGGACCAGGCAUCUGGAAGCGCAGUACUGCUGCUCCGGCCCGGAGACCGGGUGUUCCUCCAAAUGCCUUCAGAACAGGCUGCUGGACUCUAUGCUGGGCAAUAUGUCCACUCCUCCUUUUCAGGAUAUUUAUUGUAUCCCAUGUAAAAAAAAAAUAAGGAAAGGAAAAUAAUUAAGAGAUUUAAUAGAAGAAAAGAAAAUGACACACCAAAAAAAAAAAUCCAUUUGAAAACAAUGCUUCGAAACAUUUAUAGUAGUUGGAAAGUUAUAUUUAAGUGAAAGUUUGGACCAUCAUGUACAAAUAAAAUCUAAACUGCAUGUUUACUCCUGUGCACAGCAGAUUGUUAUGGAAUGAUGGGGCAGAUUUACGGAUCAAGUAUCGACACUUGUGUUGUACCCAGCGGACUCAUAUUAGCUGUUCCAUGUUGAAUGAUUUCAUAACCUGCUUAUUCAAAUCAGACGAAACAUCUCAGUUUGGAACAUCAUAACUAACGAAAGUCAUUCUUUGUGCCCCCUUAAAAAGGUGUUUUUGAAUAAGCCUUAAGAGGUUGGUGGUGAGUGUUACAUACUGUAUUUAUUUGCAUAAUUUCUUCUCUACUCAUGAAGUUUUGCUGUGGGCUGUUGGAGGGUUCUUCUGUAGGGCAGAGUCCAUGGUAAUCUCUGUACAAAGGUUAUUUCUCCAUGAUAGAGGCAAUGCUUUGAGCUGCAGGACUACCUAGUCAGAAGUGUGUGUGUGUGUGUGUGUGUGUGUGUGUGUGUGUGUGUGUGUGUGUGUGUGUGCGUGCGCGUGCGUGUGUGUGUGUGUGCGCAUGUGUGUGCAUGUGUGUGUGCGCAUGUGUGUGUGCGUGUGUGUGUGUGUGUGCGUGCGUGUGCGUGCCUGUGUGUGUGUGUGCGCAUGUGUGUGUGUGCACGUGUGUGUGUGUGGGUGUGUGUGUGUGUGCGUGUGCGUGCGUGCGUGCGUGUGUGUGUGUGUGUGUGCAUGCGUGCGUGCGUGUGUGUGUGUGUGUGUGCGUGCGUGUGCGUGCGUGCGUGUGUGUGUGUGCGUGUGUGUGUGCAUGCGUGUGUGUGCGUGUGUGUGUGUGUGUGCGUGCGUGUGUGUGCGCAUGUGUGUGCAUGUGUGUGUGCGCAUGUGUGUGUGUGCACGUGUGUGUGUGUGGGUGUGUGUGUGCAUGCGUGCGUGCGUGCGUGCGUGUGUGUGUGUGUGUGUGUGUGUGUGUGUGUGUGUGUGUGUGUGUUAGUGUCCCCAAAAGAACAGGUGUACCAAUGGCCCAUUGUGUAUUUGCUCUGCAGGCUGUUGGCCUAGCAACUGGGUCAGAUGCCAGCAUGGGAUGCAGGGCAGAGCCCACAGCAGCUCAUAAUUUAGCUCAGAGAUAUUUACAUAUCAACUCCUCUAAAGGGUUUCAGUUUGGAAUUUUUCUGUAACAUGAUUUUCUCUUUUUCUUCUUCCCUCCAUGUAAUUUAUAAUAUAGCCUCAGCAAUAUAAAAUUUUUACAAAGCCUUCCCUCAAAUAACUUUGCCAUUUUUGUGAACAUUUAUUACUAAUAGCAAUUAUAAUUGUGUUAAAAAAAACAAAACCAAAAACCCUAGCAUAUGCACAUAGUCAGGUGGAGUGAGGUAUACAUGUUUCAGUAACUGUCAUUUUUUUCCCCAGUAACUAUGAAUUUUAAAAAUAGGACUUAUGCCACGAGGUUCCAAAGUCAAUUGCCAUAAGUUGAAACCAUUUCUUUUUUUUUUUAAUUUGGGAAAAAAAUUCAGAAUUACGUAGGAAAAAUUAUAUCUUAAAAGAGUAAUGAUAAGGUUUGAUAUUUAAUAGCAAGCAUGUCGCUUCCAGCAAUAGGGACUAUGGUUGUAGGAAAAUGAAUGUUUCUUUAACAUGUGGAGGAGACAGUUGCAAUGUUAGAAAGCAAUAGCAUCCCAUGCCUGUGAUGUCACCACUUGCUCAACACCACAGCUGACACAAGUUUGGAAAGAGGAAAUUAUAUAUAUAUAUAUAUAUAUAUAUAUAUAUAUAUAUAUAUAUAUAUAUAUAUCAGAUUUUAACUAAGGCACAUCGUUGGUUCUUUGGGAGCUGCUCAAAGCACAGUUAGUUGAAUGUUUACUGUUCAUCUGCUAUUGGUUGCUUGGGAGAAUAAUGUGGAACUAGGGCAAUAGAAUGUAUUCUACUUUCCUCGAAAGUUAAAAGUCAGGAGCUGAAGAUAGACAUAGAUUGGAAGAUACACAAAUAAAUACAGUAUAAAGCAUGGUCUAUUUAAAAUCUGAAUUAUUUUUACCACCACAGUUCUUCUGGUCCUGGCUUACUAGUUAUCUUUUCCCUUUAUGGUGCACAGGAACCAUUUCAUCUUGAACUUUUAAAAAAGAUUGUGUCUAUUAGCACAAGGUUUUUCAUUCGUUGUUAAUUAUACAAAAGUGUCUUUGAAUCCAAAAUGAUUUCCUACCCAGUCUUCACUUUCAAAGGAAACAGCAUUUCUUUGGACAGCUAUCGCUCCUGAGGACACUGGCUUAUAGCUGGUCACUAUGGAAGUCUUAUGGGUCCCUUGCUCUUUCUGCUAAAUGACUACAUUGAAAUGGUUAUUUGGAGGACAGUCCAGCCAGAUGGGUUGUAAAGUUUCUUUUAUCUGUACAUGUAUGGUAUUUUAGUUUCCAUAAAGAAAGACAGAAGUUAUCUUUUAAGUUAAACCAAAUUUCACUUUUUGAGAUAUCUUCCAACUUAUUUAUUGGUUGUUACUCAAAUGCCUGUGCGUGCGUGCAUGUGUGUGUGUGUGUGUGUGUGUGUGUGUGUGUGUGUGUGUGUGUGUGUGUCUGUAUUAUCAGGCAUAUGCUUCUAAGCUUUUAAAUGGAGGAGGAGCAAAAUCUAUGCCAGAUACUGUAUAUUCUACCAUGGUGCUAAUAUCAGAGCUAAAUGAUACUCCAUUUAAUUUAAAGAAGAGUUUUAAAUAAUUAUCUAUGUACCUGUUUCCCUUCUGAGUCCUGGUCAUUAUGUCCUCAGUGGUGUGAAAGCAGGUGAAUCAAGUAUAUGUUCUACUUUCUAGGGACAGUACUAUGAUCCCUAUUUAAUUCAAACUUAACUAGAGCUUCUCCAUGUGAAAUGGACCAAACUGGCAUUGUUCUAUUUAAACAGAGAGUUUUAAAGCAGUAUGACAUCCCACAGGGGGAAAAAUGUCUGUAGAGGACAAUUGUCCUCAGAUAUUUUACAGAAACAAAGAAUGAUGAGAAGACUGGUAACUUGCUUGAGUUUCCAUGAAUAGAUUUGAGACGUAAUGGCAAAUCGAUUUUGUAUUUAAAUUUUUGUACUGAUUUGAAAAACAGAUCAUUAAAUAUCUCUAAAAGUA